AUGGCCGUCAAUUCAACCGCAACUAUCUCAGCUGGGCAGCCAGUUGUCUCAGUUUUCAAGCCGUAUGCAUUCAUGCCGGUUUACCACUUCGCUUCAGCGCUCGGAGCUGACGAAGUGGCCACGACUAUGAUGAUCGACUGCGAAAACUCCUGCAACUAUUGGGCGGAUGCGAUUGUCCUACAAGGUCCGUCGACAUUUGCUGCUGCGUUGGUGCCGGAUGACCGUAAGGUUGUUUGGGACUGCAGCUUGACCGCGGGAGCGGGUGCCGACUGCGCCAUCCAAGAGUUUCCUGCUGGUUAUGAGAUCGAGCAGUUCGAGACAGGCUUCACCCUUCCCGCCCCGUUCACUGCGCACUUCGACUCGCAGCUUCUGUUUCCGGUCACGAUCACUGCGGGUGAAUUGACGCCCUUCACUCAAGCCACCUCCCUCAACAUCACGGUCACAGGUAUCAACACCCCUCGCGUUACUGCUCCAAGCGUUGAUGCGCCCUCCAUCACCUCUAUCGGGACUGUGGAUCACAGCACCACAGCGUCAUCUAGCCAUAGCAUCCCGACACAGUCGAGCAGUGCGAACUCGACCACGCAUGUGGCCCCCAAAGAUACCAGCAGCGCCGAUAGAAUGAUACUGAGCUCGUUUGCCGGCGUUGCGUCUGUACUAUUGGUCCUGACUGCUAUAUUGUGA